CUCCGGGACCCGAGGAGGGACUAUGGGCAACGGGAUGUGCUCCCGAAAACAGAAGCGGAUUUUCCAGACCUUUUUGCUCCUGACCGUCGCGUUCGGCUUCCUCUACGGGGCCGUGCUGUACUACGAGUUACAGAGCCAGCUGAGGAAAGCCGAGGCGGUGGCGCUCAAGUACCAGCAGCACCAAGAGUCGCUCUCAGCCCAGCUACAAGUUGUCUAUGAGCACAGGUCAAGAUUAGAAAAGUCUUUACAGAAGGAAAGGCUUGAACAUAAGAAAGCAAAAGAAGACUUUCUUGUUUAUAAAUUGGAAGCACAAGAAACACUAAAUAAAGGAAGGCAAGAUUCAAAUAGCAGAUAUAGCACAUUGAAUGUACAACACCAGAUGUUGAAGAGUCAACAUGAAGAACUAAAGAAACAGCAUGCAGACCUCGAGGAGGAACACCGAAAACAAGGAGAAGACUUUAGAAGAACAUUCAGCGAUCACAAGCAGAAAUCUGUACAAAUACAAGAAGAGAAAGAGCAGGAACUCUCCAAGCUAAAGGAAUCUCUGUAUAAUUUGCGAGAGGAGAAUAGACAGCUGAGAAAAGCACACCAAGAUAUUCAUAUCCAGCUACAAGAUGUCAAGCAACAGCAUAAGAAUUUACUCUCCCAACAUGACCAGCUUGUAGUGACAUUGGAAGACCACAAGAGUGCACUAGCUGCUGCACAGUCCCAGGUAGAAGAAUAUAAACAACUGAAGGACACACUCAACAAAAUGCCAAGUUUUCGACAACCUGAAAAGUCAAAUGUUCCACAGGAAGCGGCAGUGGCAGGAGCAACACCUCCAAAUAGUGACCUCCCACCACAUGAGAACAAUGCAGCUGAAGAGCAAAAAGAGGUACCCCAGAAUAAGGAGAAGCCACAGGAAAGGGAAGAAAUAAAUUCCAAGAGAAGAGAAGAUGGAGAUGAACCUUUACAUUUGAGCAGAAAAGCAAAUGAGGGUCACCCUCACAAGGAACUGAAUAUUCAGGAGCAACAAGAAGCAGGAGAAGAUGAAGAGCAACACAUGGACCAAGUUGAAGAGGAACACAAAAAAGAACUCGAGGAAGAGGAAAUGGAGCAGGCAGGGCAACCUGAGAACUUGGUGGAAGAACAGGAUCAAGCACCAGAAGAACAUGACUGGAAAGAACGGGAACAUAAAGAGGAAGCAGCCAACAUGCUGGGUGAACGCAUUCACUCAGAGAGUGUAACAAAAAGAUACAAACUGGCCUAUGAAGAACAGUUGGAACAACAGCAUCUGGCCGCCCGAAGAGCUGAAGAAGCCAGACAGCUAAGGGAACAUCAGGAAUCUCUACACCAGCAGAGGCUGAAAGGGCAGUUAUUACGGCAGCAGCAGCUUCAAGAAAAAGAGCUUGCACUACGGAGACAGGCUGAACGAGGAGAAGAGCAGUACAAAAACCAGCUAAGCCAACAGGCUCAUUAUGACAAUAUGGACCAUGAUAUUGUACAAGGAGAAGAGGGGCAAGGCAUCCACGAAGAGGAUGGAGUGUAUGAAAGGGACAAUCAGCACCAAGAUGAAGCUGAAGAAGCAGAAGACCAAAUUAAUGCAAAUGAGCAGCAAGAACCAGAGCAUCAAAUAGAGAACCAGCAGGCAGACGAGCCAGCGAAGGCAGCUGUGGAAGAUGUGAACCCAGCUGAUGAUCCUAACAAUCAGGGAGAGGAUGAGUUUGAAGAAGCUGAACAAGAGAGAGAAGAGAAUCUGCCAGAUGAGAAUGAGCAGCACAAACAAAAUAACCAGAAGCAGGAGAAUCCUGAGAUGGAGGAACAUUUAGUGAUGGCAGGAAAUCCUGACCAGCAAGAAGAUAAUGUGGAUGAACAGUACCAAGAAGAGGGAGAAGAAGAGGUCCAAGAAGAUUUGACUGAAGAGAAGAAAAAGGAACUGGAACACAAUGCUGAAGAGCCAUAUGGUGAAAAUGAUGAAAAUGCUGAUGAAAAAAACAAUGAAGCUGCAGACCGUGAGCAAGGAGAUCAUGAAGACAACAACCAAAAAGAAGGUCAUGAAGAAAAUUAUGAGGAGGAAGAGGAAGAUGAGGAGGAAGGUGGCGCCAUUGCAGCAAAAGCCCAUAGAAGAGGGGAAAUGUAA